AGUUUUGAGUUGGUGUCUGCAGCAGCAGGUCUCUUAACUGGGGGGCUGCACUGGGCAGCCUUGAAAAAUCUUUCUAAGAAGACUUCAGGGGCCGCGGCGCUGAUAUGUCAGUGUGACAUUCAGAGCUGCGACUCCAUCACCUCCCUAGCGGUGUCGCAUACUCCCGCGGCCUGUUCCCGGGUACUUGCGACGGAGAUGCUACGGCUUUAGGCACACGGUCGCAGACGCUCUCAUGGUUCGUGUAGCUGCUACGGGGAGAAGGAUGAACAAGGACGGGAGUCACAUGUCUGAGAGGAUCCUAAAUCUCACCCUGGAGAUCAUCUAUCUGCUGACUGGGGAGGAUUACACCAUAGUGAGGAAGAUAUCUGUUGAAUGUGAGACACCCAGCAGUCUUCCCGUUGUGUUAGAAGUACUGAGCAGGACCCAGAGCCCCAUCACGGUGCCUCCACCUCACUCACUGAUACAUGAGAGACUCAAUGACCAGAAGAUCCUGGAACUCACCAACAAGAUCAUUCAGCUGCUGACUGGAGAGGAGGGGGAGUAUAUAGAGGAACACAGGGGUCUGUACAAGGACGUGAUGAUGGAGAAUCACCGGCCCCUCACAUCACUGGAUGGACCUAGUAACAGAGAUACCCCAGAGAGAUGUCCCCGUCCUCUGUAUUCCCAGGACUGUACAGAGGAGAAUCACAGGACCCCACAGGAGGAUCAGGGUGAAUAUCUUACAUAUAUGAAGGCAGAAGAUAUAGAGGGAGAAGUAGAGACGUAUGUGACUGCUAUGAAGGCAGAAGAACCGGAAGGAGAAGAGACGUGUGUGACCGAUAUGAAGGCAAAAGGUAUAGAGGGAGAAGAAGAGACGUAUGUGACUGAUAUGAAGGCAGAAGAUAUAGAGGGAGAAGAAGAGACGUAUGUGACUGAUAUGAAGGUAGAAGAUAUAGAGGAAGAAGAAGAGACGUAUGUGACUGAUAUGAAGACAGAAGAUAUAGAGGGAGAAGAAGAGACGUAUGUGACUGAUUUGAAGGCAGAAGGUAUAGAGGGAGAAGAAGAGACGUAUGUGACUGAUAUGAAGGAAGAAGAUAUAGAGGGAGAAGAAGAGACGUAUGUGACUGAUUUGAAGGCAGAAGGUAUAGAGGGAGAAGAAGAGACGUAUGUGACUGAUAUGAAGGCAGAAGAUAUAGAUGGAGAGGAAGAGACGUAUGUGACUGAUAUGAAGGCAGAAGAUAAAGAGGGAGAAGAAGAGAUGUAUGUGACUGCUAUGAAGGCAGAAGAUAUAGAGGGAGAAGAAGAGACGUAUGUGACUGAUAUGAAGGCAGAAGAUAUAGAGGGAGAAGAAGAGACGUAUGUGACUGAUAUGAAGGCAGAAGAUAUAGAGGGAGAAGAAGAGACGUAUGUGACUGAUAUGAAGGCAGAAGAUAUAGAGGGAGAAGAAGAGACGUAUGUGAGGGAUGAUCAGCAGUGUAAGGAGGAGAAAAUCCCUACAGAUAUCAGCACAGGUGAAUGUAACAGAAGAAAUAUAUGGGCUGAACGUCCCAUUGUAUCGCAAGAUUGUGAAAUUGAAGCUAAAGAUAUCAUGCGAGAUUCUCUGGAAAACUCUGUGAUCCAAAUUCUACAUCCAGAGCCUCAAAGUGCAGAUAUAUUAUCUCUUACCUCUAACCAAGAGGAAUGUUCACCUGUUAACUCAGAUAUUGGUCCGUCCAUCACAUCUCUUAGAGAAGAUACAAUAUUUCCCAGUACUGUACAGGACAAAUGUUUUACACAGAGCACGAAGCUUAUUACCCAUCAGCCACCUGAGACAGGCGAGAGGCCAUUUCCAUGCUGUAAGUGUGGAAACUGUUUUUCACAGAAAUCACAUCUUCUUCUACAUGAGAGAAGUCACACCGGUGAGAGGCCAUUUUCCUGCUCUGAAUGUGGAAAAUGUUUUAAACUCAAAUCACAGCUUGUUAAACAUCAGAAAAGUCACACAGGUGAGAGGACGUUUCCAUGCUCUGAGUGUGGGAAAUGUUUUACAUGCAAAUCAUAUCUUGUUAUACAUGAGAGAAGUCACACAGGUGAGAAACCAUUUCCAUGUUCUGAGUGUGGGAAAUGUUUUACAUGCAAAUCAUAUCUUGUUAUACAUGAGAGAAGUCACACAGGUGAGAAACCAUUUCCAUGUUCUGAGUGUGGGAAAUGUUUUACAAGCAAAUCACAGCUUGUUAUACAUGAGAGAAGUCACACAGGUGAGAAACCAUUUCCAUGUUCUGAGUGUGGGAAAUGUUUUACAUGCAAAUCACAGCUUGUUAUACAUGAGAGAAGUCACACAGGUGAGAAACCAUUUCCAUGUUCUGAGUGUGGGAAAUGUUUUACAAGCAAAUCACAACUUGUUAUACAUGAGAGAAGUCACACAGGUGAGAAACCAUUUCCAUGUUCUGAGUGUGGGAAAUGUUUUACAAGCAAAUCAUAUCUUGUUAAACAUGAGAGAAGUCACACAGGUGGGAAACUAUUUCCAUGUUCUGAGUGUGGGAAAUGUUUUACUUGCAAAUCACAGCUUGAUAUACAUGAGAGAAGUCACACAGGUGAGAAACACUUUCCAUGUUCUGAGUGUGGGAAAUGUUUUGCACACAAAUCACAGCUUGUUAUACAUGAGAGAAGUCACACAGGUGAGAAACCAUUUCCAUGUUCUGAGUGUGGGAAAUGUUUUACUUACAAAUCAACUCUUGAUAAUCAUUAUAGAAGUCACACAGGUGAGAGGACAUUUCCAUGCUCAGAGUGUGGGAAAUGUUUUACAUGCAAAUCACAGCUUGAUAUACAUGAGAGAAGUCACACAGGUGAGAAACCAUUUCCAUGUUCUGAGUGUGGGAAAUGUUUUACACGCAAAUCAUAUCUUGUUAUACAUGAGAGAAGUCACACAGGUGAGAAACCAUUUCCAUGUUCUGAGUGUGGGAAAUGUUUUACACGCAAAUCACAGCUUGAUAUACAUGAGAGAAGUCACACAGGUGAGAAACCAUUUCCAUGUUCUGAGUGUGGGAAAUGUUUUACACGCAAAUCAUAUCUUGUUAUACAUGAGAGAAUUCACACAGGUGAGAAACCAUUUCCAUGUUCUGAGUGUGGGAAAUGUUUUAAUAACAAAUCAGAUCUUGUUAUACAUGAAAGAAGUCACACAGGUGAGAAACCAUUUCCAUGUUCUGAGUGUGGGAAAUGUUUUGCACGCAAAUCACAUCUUGUUAUACAUGAGAGAAGUCACACAGGUUAGAAACUAUUUCCAUGUUCUGAGUGUGGGAAAUGUUUUACUCUCAAAUCAAAUCUUGUUAAACAUCAGAGAAGUCACAGUCCUGCAAUGUCUUGGACAAAUGAGGUGAGGGAGCUUUUAAGCAUUAGAGGGGAAGAGGAGAUCAGGCGCCAGAUCACAGGUACUGUAAAGGAUGCCCAGAUAUACCACAACAUAGCGAAGACCCUGACCUCGCAGGGCAUUAUCCGUAGCCAACAAGAAGUGGUGAAUAAAUUGAAAACACUAAAAAAACAGUUUAACCGCAUCCAUGACCACAACCGGAACAAAAGUGCGGCUGCAAGGCGCAACUGGAUGUUUUAUGAGCAAUGUGCAUCAGUUUUUGGCAACACUGCGCUCAGUGACCCCAUCAGCCUGUCAUCCUCCAGCUCUGCCACUCCCUCACCCUUUGUGGCUGCUGAGGAGAGUGAGUCCAGCAUGGAAAGUACCCAAUGUGGGCGGACAACAUCAUCCCCCAUACUAUUUGAAGAUGAUCCUAUCCACCCCGAUCUGGACUCAUCCACCAACCCGACUGAAGUCAGUUUACCCGCCAACAGUGCGGACGCCGUGACUGUCCAGGAAACAGAUGUGGGCGCGGCCCUCCAGGCAAAUCCCCCUGUGAUGCGCACCAAUAUAUUUUCAGUUCCCAAGAGGAAACGCAAAGUCACCAAAGUGGAGCUUGCUGCACGGGCAAUGACAAAGGUGCUGGUUGAAGAACUGCGCGACAUGGACAACAACAUGCAGCAACAGGAGGAUGCCCACCAACUCCGUUUUAUAGAGGUUGGUACAAAUGGUUUCCCUAAUGAGUUUGGCACUAAAGGAAUGUUGACCCCCAGACACCUCCAGAUCUACACUAGAGGGUGUCACUUCAGGGUCCGUCACAGUCCACUCCUCUGGAAACUGUUCCUUCUGCAGUUCACAUAUGUUGUGAAGGACACAGCAGGCCGCUACUACAUGGGGCAUAAAUUUGAGGUCAACAUCAUUCCUCUUCAUGAGGCAGCGCCAACGUCCUUUCAGGCGGCCAAAGGCAUUCUCCACCACCAUCCGUGCCGAAAGAGUGUGGUUUCUAUUGGUUGCUGCAGCCUUCCAGUUUCCGUCGUGAUCAGACCACUGACCUGUGAGGAACCAGAGUGUUUACUAGACGUGAGGAUGAGAUGCAUCACUGAUUCCCUGAGAAUGGAGCACGACAGGAGUCACAUGUCUGAGAGGAUCCUAAAUCUCACCCUGGAGAUCAUCUACCUGCUGACUGGGGAGGAUUACACCAUAGUGAGGAAGAUAUCUGUUGAGUGUGAAUUACCAAGCAGCAGUUCUAUCAUGUCAGGAGAACUGAGCAGGACCCAGAGCCCCAUCACGGUGCCUCAACCUCACUCACUGAUACAUGAGAGAGACAAUGACCAGAAGAUCCUGGAACUCACCAACAAGAUCAUUCAGCUGCUGACUGGAGAGGAGGGGGAGUAUAUAGAGGAACACAGGGGUCUGUACAAGGACGUGAUGAUGGAGAAUCACCGGCCCAUCACAUCACUGGAUGGGCCCAGUAACAGAGAUACCCCAGAGAGAUGUCCCCGUCCUCUGUAUUCCCAGGAUUGUACAGAGGAGAAUCACAGGACCCCACAGGAGGAUCAGGGUGAAGAUCUGACUAAUAUAAAGGGAGAAGAAGAGACGUAUGUGGCUGAUAUGAGGGCAGAAGAUAUAGAGGGAGAAGAGACGUAUGUGACUGAUAUGAAGGCAGAAGAUAUAGAGGGAGAAGAAGAGACGUAUGUGACUGAUAUGAAGGCAGAAGAUACAGAGGGAGAAGAAGAGACGUAUGUGACUGAUAUGAAGGCAGAAGAUACAGAGGGAGAAGAAGAGACGUAUGUGACUGAUAUGAAGGCAGAAGAUACAGAGGGAGAAGAAGAGAUGUAUGUGACUGAUAUGAAGGCAGGAGAUAUAGAGGGAGAAGAAGAGACGUAUGUGACUGAUAUGAAGGCAGAAGAUAUAGAGGGAGAAGAAGAGACGUAUGUGACUGAUAUGAAGGCAGAAGAUACAGAGGGAGAAGAAGAGACGUAUGUGACUGAUAUGAAGGCAGAAGAUAUAGAGGGAGACGAAGAGACGUAUGUGACUGAUAUGAAGCCAGUAGAUAUAGAGGGAGAAGAAGAAGAGACAUAUGUGACUGAUAUGAAGGCAGAGGAUACAGAGGGAGAAGAAGAGACGUAUGUGGCAGAUAUAAGGGCAGAAGAUAUAGAGGGAGAAGAAGAGACGUAUGUGACUGAUAUGAAGGCAGAAGAUACAGAGGGAGAAGAAGAGACAUACGUGACGGGUGAUCAGCAGUGUAAGGAGGAGAAAAUCCCUACAGAUAUCAGCACAGAUGAAUGUAACAGAAGAAAUAUAUUGGCUGAACGUCCCAUUGUAUCUCCAGAUUGUGAAAUUGAAGCUAAAGACAUCAUGCGAGAUUCUCUGGAAGACCAUGUGAUCCCAAUUAUACAUCCAGUACCUCACAGUGCAGAUAUAUCAUCUGUUACCUCUAUUCAUGAGGAAUUUUCACCUGAUACCUCAGAUAUUGGUCAAUCUAUCACAUCUCUUAGAGUUGAUACACCAUUUCCCAAUGCUGUACAUGACCUAUGUUUUACUCAGAGCACAAAGAUUAUUACCCAUCAGCCACCUAAGACAGGUGAGAGACCAUUUCCAUGCUCUGAGUGUGGGAAAUGUUUUACAUACAAAUCACAGCUUGUUAAACAUGUGAGAUGUCAUACAGGUGAGACACCAUUUCCAUGCUCUGAGUGUGGGAAAUGUUUUAGACUGAAAUUAGAUCUUGUUAGACAUGAGAGAAGUCACACAGGUGAAAAGCCAUUUCCAUGCUCUGAGUGUGCAAAAUGUUUUACUCAGAAGUCGCAGCUUGUUCAACAUGCGAGAUGUCAUACAGGUGAGAGGCGAUUUACAUGUUCUGAGUGUGGGAAAUGUUUUAGUUUCAAAGUAGAUCUUGUUAGACAUGAGAGAACUCACACAGGUGAAAAGCCAUUUUCAUGCUCUGAGUGUGGGAAAUGUUUUACACGCAAAUCAUAUCUUGUUGUGCAUGAGAGACAUCAUACAGGUGAGAGACCAUUUCCAUGCUCUGAGUGUGCAAAAUGUUUUACUCAGAAGUCGCAGCUUGUUCAACAUGCGAGAUGUCAUACAGGUGAGAGGCCAUUUACAUGUUCUGAGUGUGGGAAAUGUUUUAGUUUCAAAGUAGAUCUUGUUAUACAUGAGAGAAGUCACACAGGGGAGAAGCCAUUUCCAUGCUCUGAGUGUAGAAAAUGUUUCAAACGCAAAUCACAUCUUGUUACACAUCAGAGAAGUCACACAGGUGAGAAACCAUUUCCAUGCUCUGAGUGUAGAAAAUGUUUCAAAGACAAAUCAUAUCUUGUUAGACAUCAGAGAAGUCACACAGGUGAGAAACCGUUUCCAUGUUCUGAGUGUGGGAAAUGUUUUACUCGAAAAUCACUGCUUGUUGAACAUUUGAGAAUUCACACAGGUGAGAAACCAUUUCCAUGCUCUGAGUGUGGGAAAUGUUUCACACAGAAAUCACAUCUUGUUACACAUCAGAGAAAUCACACAGGUAAGCGGCCAUUUCCAUGUUCUGAGUGUGGGAGAAGUUUCAAACACAAAUCACAACUUGUUACACAUCAGAGAAGUCACACAGGUGAGAAACCAUUUCCAUGCUCUGAGUGUAGAAAAUGUUUCAAAGACAAAUCACAUCUUGUUACACAUCAGAGAAGUCACACAGGUGAGAAACCGUUUCCAUGUUCUGAGUGUGGGAAAUGUUUUACUACAAAAUCACUGCUUGUUGAACAUUUGAGAAUUCACACAGGUGAGAAACCAUUUCCAUGCUCUGAGUGUGGGAAAUGUUUCACACAGAAAUCACAUCUUGUUACACAUCAGAGAUGUCACACAGGUAAGCGGCCAUUUCCAUGUUCUGAGUGUGGGAAAUGUUUUUCUCGAAAAUCACUGCUUGUUGAACAUUUGAGAAUUCACACAGGUGAGAAACCAUUUCCAUGUUCUUAGUGUGGGAAAUGUUUUUGCACAAAAAUCAGCUGUAAUUGAACAUAAGAGAACUCACCCUGGUGAGAAACCAUUUCCAUGUUCUGAGUGUAGAAAAUGUUUUACACACAAAUCAUAUCUUGUUAGACAUCAGAGAAUUCACAAGUGAGGCCAUUUCUAUUUUCUGAAUGUUGAAAAUGUUUUAUACACAAAUCACCGCUUGUUAUCAGAGAAGUCACACAGGUGAGAGGCCAUUUCCAUGCUCCGAGUGUGGGAAAUGUUUACACACAAAUCCACUCAAUAUUUUUAGAGAGGAUAUUCUAGAGUUGGCUUUCACAUAAAAGAACAAAAUACAACUUCAUUAAUAAAGGGAAUGGAAAAAUUAUAAAGAGAGUUUACAAAAAUUUGUUUAAUUUGUAUAAAAAAAGCAAACCCCAUUGAGGUGACCUAAUUAAAAUGUAUAAAUAUAUUUGAGAAAUAUACAAAGAUUUAACAAGCAUAUCACACUAUGCUCAUGUACAAUUGUACCAUUAUUUUUAUGAUUGUAUUUUGUUCUUGUUUUAAUAUUAUUUUUAUUAAUACUUUACAAACAAUAUAGUACGGGCAAUUUGUUGCAUGUUACUGGCGCUAUGCAGACUCUGUGUAGAUAUAGAAAAAUGAGACUUUGUAUAAAACAUUUAAUAAUAAAAGUA